GUUGCUAUAAAAGCUAAGGCCGCCAGACCAACCAAACAUGAAACGUACUCUUACAAGUCGCUUCCGGACGCUGGUGCUUUUGGCUUCUGUUUUCUGUUGGAAAGCAAUGAGAAAUGGCAGCAAAUUCUGUUACUCAAAGUCUCAACGUUUAUUCAAAACUUUUAACUGUUAAACUAUGGAACUCACGUAUAAAGGAGGCUGUAAACCAAAACAGUGCCCACAAAGCGCUUCUUCUCUUUCGCCAAAUGAAGCAAAAAGGGUUGGAACCAAACAACUUAACCUUUCCUUUCAUUGCAAAAGCUUGUGCCAAGAUUUCCAAUCUCAAAUAUUCCCAAACCCUCCACAACCAAAUCUUGAAAUCCCCGUUUGGAAGCGAUAUUUUCGUACAAACAGCAUUAGUUGAUAUGUACAUAAAAUGUGAUCAAGUGGAUUAUGCAUGCAAAACGUUUGAAAGAAUGCCUGAAAGAGAUUUGGCUGCUUGGAAUGCAAUGCUUAUUGGUUUUGCUAAGUUGGGUUUUCUUGAUAAGUUGUUAAGUCUUUUUGGUGGGAUGACGUUUGCUGGGAUUCACCCUGAUUCGGUCACUGUUGUGGGACUUAGUCUGGGAGUUUUGAGUACAAGGAAUUUGGAAUUAGUGAAGGGAAUUCAUUCGUUUGGGAUUCAAAUUGGGGUUGCUGUUGAUGUUACAGUAGCUAACACUUGGAUUGCAGUAUAUGCCAAAUGUGGUGACUUAGCAUCAGCAAAGAAGGUUUUUGAUGAGAUUGAUGCUGUGAGGACUGUCAUCUCUUGGAAUUCCAUGAUUGCUGGAUAUGCCCACUUCGAAAAUUUUGCUAAUGCUUUUGAUUUAUAUCGAAGGAUGUUGGUGGAUGGAAUUAAGCCAGAUGCAAGCUCUAUUGUUAGUUUGAUUUCGUCAUGUGUGCAACCUGAAGCACUAUUUCAAGGAAUGCAAAUUCAUUCUCAUGGAAUCCAAUUAGGUUGUGACUUGAACUUAUCUGUAACCAAUACUCUUAUAUCCAUGUAUUCCAAGUGUGGAGAUCUUAAUUCUGCAAGAUUCUUAUUUGAUUUCAUGUCUAAUAGGACAUGUGUUUCAUGGACUGUCAUGAUUAGCGGGUAUGCUGAGAAAGGGAAUAUGGAUGAGGCAAUGACCUUGUUUUAUUCAAUGGAAAAAGCUGGUGAGACAGCUGAUUUGGUUACUGUACUUUCUUUGGUUUCAGGUUGUGGCAAGACAGGAUCCCUUGAGCUUGGAAAAUGUAUUGACAGUUAUGCCAAAUCUAAAGGGUUUAAAGAGGAUGCAAUGGUCUGUAAUGCACUAAUAGAUAUGUACUCAAAAUGUGGUAGUAUAUGUGAGGCUCGAGAGGUCUUUCGUACCAUGCCCGAGAGAACUAUUGUUUCUUGGACUACCAUGAUCUCUGGUUGUGCCGUGAACGGAGAAUUUGAAGUAGCUUUGGACCUUUUCCAUCAGAUGAGGGGUUUGGGCUUCAAACCUAACCAAAUAACAUUCCUUGCUGUCCUGCAAGCUUGCACUCAUGCAGGCUUUCUUGAUAAAGGAUGGGAAUUCUUCAAUAUGAUGACCACAGAAUAUGAUAUCUAUCCUGGGUUAGAUCAUUAUUCAUGUAUGGCGGAUCUUCUUGGACGUAAAGGUAAGCUAAUAGUAGCAUUGGAGUUUAUUUUAAAUAUGCCAAUUAAACCAGAUGCUGGCAUAUGGAGUGCAUUGCUUAGUGCUUGCAAGGUUCACCACAACGUAGAGAUUGGUAAGCAUGUGGCAAGUCGCCUAUUUGAGAUGGAGCCUCAAGUUGCUGCUCCAUAUGUGGAGAUGGCAAACAUAUAUGCAUCAACUGGAAAUUGGGAUGAAGUUGCAAUGAUAAGAUUGUUGAUGAAACAUAAUAACGUGAGCAAGUCUCCCGGGCAAAGCCUUGUUCAAGUUAAUGGAAAAACACAUAGAUUUACUGUUGAAGAUAGAAGUCACCCUGAAGGUGUGCUUAUAUAUGCGUUGUUGGAUUAUUUAGCUUUGCAAUUAAAAGAUGAUAGAUAUCCCCUGUAUUUGAGGGAUAUUCCUGAAAUGGAAUUGGUUUGAAUCUUUAUUGAUUUUAACAUUUUACUCGGACUGAUAUCCCCUGUAUUUGGGGAUAUUCCUGAAGUGGAAUUCGGUUUAGUGAUCUUCCCACAUGCAGUGCAUCAAAAUUGGGGGGAAGGUCAAACUCUUCCAUCAAAAGAAAGAAGAUGGUCACUGUAUCUAGAGGGAAUUUACAAACAUCAUCUGAAAUCUAGCUUGAAGGAAAUAACUACAUGUACAGACGAUGGGGAGAGACUUGAAAACUGUUGAAGAUAAAAGCAUCUAUGCCUGAGCGUGGGUAUUAUAGUCUACAACAAUUUGGUAUCAAGGCUCAGAAGAGUUUAAAGGUUAUAGGAAGCAUUAAUAGAUAUGACAUGGACUUUGGGAAAGAAUUGUUUUGAUGUGUACUGGUAAACUCAAUCACACAUAAUCAAGCAUGCUUUUACUAUAAUGCCUUUGAUCAUUUCUCUACUCAUCUCCUUUGAGUAUUACUUUAUUCGAAAAUCACUAAUUCAUUCGUGUAUGGUGAGUGGUUGAAUAAUCUAUUUAUUAAAAAGCUAAUGGCUAAACAUGUAUUAACUUUCAAUUCCCUUGUUCUUUAUCAUUAGUUGAUAUUGUUGCUUCUAUUCUCCCUUAUAAUGCAACUUCCUGGUGGCACAACAUCAAUGUAACGAUUAAAAGAAUGUCUUGAGAAAAGGCUUCCUGGUGGUAUCAUUUCAUUUAUUUUUUGUUUAUGCAAAAAUGUUGCAUCUAGUACUUUCUCAAGGAGUUCACCAAAACUUGAUUUCAUAUCAUCAUAGUUCAUAAAUUACUGGUUUUUUUAAUCUUCAAUUCCACCAUUAAAUGUCAUUUCAUUGCUGUUAGAAGAUGAGUUUCAAUUAUCAUAAGGUAGGAAGCAUGGACACAGACAUGAGAUAUGGGUAUGGUAUCACAUUAAUACUGUGAUAUUAACAGUUUUUUGAAAAAUUAGGAUAUGGAUUUGAUGAGCUUAAAGAUAUAUGCAGCCUGAGUUAUAUGCCCUAACUUAUUUUUGGUUGGUGCAAGCUUCCAUCUCUUCCAGAACUAGCUCACUUCUUCUCUAGCCAAUGCCCUCUAGCAUUUACUCUCUAUUCUUGGUUUUGAAUUUACACAUAGAUCCAUCUCAACCAUUGGCCUAUUGUGCACCGGUUAGGAAAAAUGAGUUUCUGGAUUUAUGAGAGAUUAAAACUUGACCACGAAGAAAGUAAGUGUAAGUAAUAAAAGAUGAUAUGAAGGUUAAGGAAAUAGAUGAAAUGUUAUUUUUUAUAAAAAUGAGUGGGAUAAGAAGAUUUAAAACUGCGACCUAACAUAAAUUUUUUUUUUUAGUUUUUCGUAUAGCCGAUCUCAGGCUUAUAGGAUUUAAGGCUUUGUUGUUGUUAUAUCAAAAUUAGGUGAGGAAAAUGAAUGAUGGCCUUUAUAACAGCCUAGCCAACCCUUCUCUGCGUUUUGGCUCUCAUAUUUCUCUGGCAAGGCACAGCGGCUACUGUUAUGACAGCACUUAAACCCCAUGUGGAUUAGAGAAUCAAAAUCAAGAAGGAAAAGAACCCAUAGAUGAAGGGGAUCUUGUAUUAGAUGCAUAAAAAAAAAAAAAAGGGAAAUUUUAGAUCCUUUCUCUCAAACCAAGAAAAAGAUGUUGCAGAAGAACAUGGUAAAUCAGACAGAAAGACAUGCAGUGUGUCCAUGCUGUGGAUGGGCAUGUUACACACUUAUUGUUAGGACUUAGAGCCUCUGAAAUUA